GUGAUUCAAAAUGAACACUGCAGGUUUGAUAGGCCAACGCUGGAAUAGUAAGUAAGGUUACUUAACAUGUAAGAAACGCUAUUGUCAUGUGUUCGAUGAAUGAAGUUGAAAUUGUUGUUAUUAAUCUAAGUGUGUGUCCGUUUAUGGUUAUGAGAGGAAAAAGAGUGUAAUGACAUCAUUGAGUUUCCCCAACCGCUAUUGUUCCACAUAAACCAUGCCAUUAAUUGGCAUCUACAGGCCCCAGCAAGUCCAAAAAUGUCACCCCCAUCUUGCUACGAACUUCCCUUCUGGAGAUAUGGGAUUUCAUUGGAGUUUUUAUCACUGCACCUAUAAGCGGAAACUUGACUAAAUUUGCAAUCGACCAAACCCCUUCCAAAGCACACCAAUGGACCUCCACAGGCUCCAAUGAGUCCAACCAUGUUGCUCCCAUCGGGCCUUUCUGCACGUGUCUAUCGGGCCCUUCUGCACGUGUCUAUUUUCAGGGGCAAUUGGUAAGUAGGUAGAGUUGAAAGGGUUGGCUAAGUUGUAUUGUUUGUCCACCAGAUGAAAGUAGACCCUAACUCUCUUUUGGAUGUGUGCGUGCCUAGAUGAUCAACUAAAUACUUGGAUGACUGCAUGCUUUAAUGCAUAACAAAAUGCUAAAUAAGAGUGGUCAGGUGAAACAUUAUCAAUCCAAAUAACUGCUUGACUGAUGUUGUACCAUGACCAAAGCAUAUGUCUCCAAAAUACGUAUGGUGACCUCCUAUUUGAGCCAAUCAUGACCAGCGCCUUCCAGCCCUGGACCGGGCCUAGAGAAUCCAACAAAUUCUCUGAAAGUUUGGUAUCUACGCUCAAGCUUCACCACCUGAGAUUCAGCACGUUGCAUUCUUAAAUCACACAAAUGGAUUAGGAUGGAUUUGAUCUGAGGCGCUUUCCUUUGCAGUUCAUCUGACCACUAGUGAGCUGCGGGCCAGCCACUAUCUCAUGCGUCUGGGCUCUUCUCAACUCUCCUCAGCCUUUACGCAGCGUCUGGACUCUUCUCAUCUCUCCUCUCUACGCGCGAUGCAGACCGCGGCUGCUAUAUAUCCUAAAAUUCCGGUUACAGUUGUUUAAGUCCCUGAUAGCCUCUCAUACGAUGCGUAAUGUAGCUUCACGGAAUGUUCAUCGACACGUUGGAUGUAGACGCGUCGUGUGCACCCUUGGGACCCCCCCCCCGCUCCCCUCCCACUCAGCGCCGGAGUCGCCACGGAUCGCGCCCCAUUCCGUCCCUGCCGCGCGGCCGACAUGACCGACUUUGUAGCCACUGUUCCGUUUCUCCCCGGUUUCCCGUUACCCCCCGGUAUCCUCGGCAAACGUUUCCCGGACCGCGGGCUCUGUGACGAGGCGGACCCCAGCGGGGGACCGGGAGAGGGGGGUCACCCACACCAAGUUCGAGGGGCUCGCUCUGCGCGGCUCGCGGAGGAGCGCCCCGCGGAUGAUCCCAGAGUCACCCUGGAGGCGGGUGGUCUGUGGGGGGAGUUCCAUCACAUGGGGACGGAGAUGGUCAUCACCAAGUCCGGGAGAAGAAUGUUUCCUCCGUUCAAAGUGACCGUCCUCGGGUUGGAUCCCGGCUCCAAGUACAUCCUCCUGAUGGACAUCGUGGCGGCGGACGACCGGCGCUACAAGUUCAACCACUCGUGGUGGACGGUGGCGGGCCAGGCCGACCCGGAGAUGCCCAGACGGAUGUACAUCCACCCGGAGAGCCCGUCCACCGGAGACCAGUGGAUGUCCAAGCCGGUGGCUUUCCACAAGCUCAAACUCACCAACAACACGUCGGAUAAGCACGGAUAUACCAUUCUGAACUCGAUGCACAAGUACCAGCCGCGGUUCCACAUCGUGAGGACCAACGACAUCCUCAGGCUGCCCUACAGCACCUUCCGCACCAUCGUGUUCCCGGAGACAGAGUUCAUAGCCGUCACCGCCUACCAGAACGACAAGAUCACGCAGCUGAAGAUAGACAACAACCCAUUUGCUAAAGGCUUCAGAGACGCAGGAAACGGAAGACGAGAGAAGAGGAAGCAGUGGAGGCCCUCAGAGGGGGAGGAGGAACCCGGCCCCCAGGACCCGGACUCAGACGACUCCUCCUGUCACCUGACCGGCGCCAGGGGGCCCGCCUCCAUCCCGACAGCCAAUCACGACGGGAGGAAGGCGGAGAGCGAUGAAGACCUCAGUCCCCUGCAGCAGGGGUCCCCCGGAGACCCCGGUCGCUGGGGGGGCCCUGGGUCUCCUCUGGACCUCACCGAACGAGACUCCCCCCCUCUGAGGCCCCGACACCCGGGGUCCGGGAACAGACACGGCGCGCUCCACAGGACGACCCCCAAACCCCCCCGACCCCACGGCGAGACGGAGCGGGAGCGGGGCGUGGCCAGAGACGGCGUGCUGCCCGCGGCGUGGCUGACCGCGGGGGGUCUGUCUGCGUUGGGGUUCUACCCGCAGCCCCUGAUCAAGCUGGGGUACCCGGCGGUGUUCCUGAACCCCGGGCCGGCCGCCCUCCUCCCACGGGCGAUCUGCGGCGCCGGGCGGCUGUUGGUGACUCAGGGGGUCUCCGUGUCCCUGAGUGGAGGAGGGGGAGGAGAAGGGGGGCUCCCCCACCCCUACGGCCUCCUGGGGGGGGCGGUAGGGCCUGCAGGGUGGCCCCCGGGAUUGGCCCCCCCCCCGGGGCCCCCCAGCACCACCGCCACCAAGAGGCCCGCCAGCCCGCGAGGCUCCCAGCCCUGGCUGAGGUUCAGCCCCUACCACACCCCCCCUCCCUCCAGGGGGCCCCUGACCUCCGGGCCCCCAGGCCCGCCGGGCCCCCGGCCCCCCCGCGGGUCUGGACCCAGCGAGUGAAGCGGUGACCAAGAGUGACCGGUAGUGACCGAUAGUGACCGAUAGGGACCUAGACCCUUGGAGACAACCGCUAUCACAACCCCUACAUCCAGCCCCUACUGCUGCCAACUAACACUCUCCCACUACCUCACCAACUACCACUACCUCACCCACUACCACUACCUCUACCUCUACCACUACCUCUACCUCUACCACUACCUCCACCACUACCACUACCUCUACCUC